AUAGAUAUAUACAGCUGAGAAACACAAAUAUCAAAUCAGUGGCGCUUAUCAGCUGGCAAAAUAAAAAAAAAAAACAAAUAUUACAAUGGGUGCUGUACAUCCAGGAGCAGUCGUGAGCAUUGAACACACUUGGGUGCACUCGACUCCAUUUGCCGCACUGCCUCCGUACGCUGUAAUUGGCGGACACGACUCUGAUCGUACGCCCAUCUAUGUGGGUCGCUCCUUUCACGAGGGCGAGAAUCUGCCCGCCAAGGUUAUACCCAGCAAGGGCUGUGCCUAUGUUUGCUACGGCGGCCAGGAGCAUCAAAAGACGCACUAUGAAGUGCUGGUCGGCCAGGGAUUCGCUUGGGUCGGCAGUGCCAGCGGCAGUGUGCCACCAAAUGCGGUGCGCAGCGGCACCACACGCAAUGGUGAGCCAUUGUAUGUGGGUCGUGGACAUCAUGCCGGCUCAUUGACUGUGGGCAAGGUGCAUUCAUCGCAUGGCUGCCUUUAUAUACCCUUCGGUGGUCAGGAGGUGCGCAUCAAUAGCUACGAGGUGUUGAUCUAUCAGCAGGUGGAUGUUUGGGUGCCAGCCUCACCCGGUUUUACACCACCCGGCGCUGUCGUUGCCGGCCACGACUCGGAUCGCACUCCCAUUUACGCCGGACGUGCUAUGCACGACGGUGAAAUGCUGCCCGCCAAGGUUAUACCCAGCAAGGGCUGCGCUUAUGUCUGCUUCGGCGGCUAUGAAUUCCAGAAGGGCUCCUAUGAAGUGCUCACCGGCUACGGCUAUGUUUGGGUGAAUCCGCAUUGUGGUAUUCCACCCAAUGCAGUCUCCACUGGACGUGCACGCAAUGGUGAACCCAUCUACUAUGGACGUGGUCAUCAUCAUGGCAGCUUGACGCCUGGCUUAGUCUCAGCGCGCCAACGUUGUCUUUAUAUUCCAUAUGGCGGCCGUGAGAUUCGCGUUGAUAGAUACGAAGUACUUUGCCGCCAGUAAUUGAACUUUAAUACAUGGACUUAUAUAUUAAACAUUUCAUUUUUAUAUAUAUAUAAUAAUAAUAAAAAGCUACAGCUUUUCACACACUCUA